UAUUCAGCUCUACUGAGUUCAUUCACUGAGCAUUAAUUCCUCUUGGGUCUGGUGUAAACGUCUCUGCAUGGAAACAUGGCGCGACUCCUGGUGCGAUUUUCUUCAGUAUUUUUCAAUGGAGUUUACACACAGUCAGUUUUGUCUAAGAGCCGGUCUGUGCUAAACAGAACACUAGGCACAACAACAAAUCUUCUUUCUUUGACACGUUAUGAUGAGUGUGUGGACUGGAAGAAGAAACUAACUCCAGAACAGUAUGUAGUCACUAGAGAGAAAGGCACUGAGGUGCCAUUCAGUGGAAUCUAUCUGAACCAUAAUGAUGUGGGAAUGUACCACUGUGUGUGCUGUGAUACACCACUUUUUAGCUCUGAGUCUAAAUACGACUCGGGAACGGGGUGGCCAUCCUUUUUUGAGGCACAUGGGACAUGGGAGGGAGAUGAGAGUCACGCCAAUAUUAUCCGCAGACCUGAUAACUCGUUGGGAAGCCCAGGAACAGAAGUCAUCUGCAAACAGUGUGAUGCACAUCUUGGUCAUGUGUUCGACGAUGGCCCGGAUCCAACAGGCCACAGAUUCUGCAUAAACAGUGCAGCUCUCAAUUUCAAGCCCAGAGAAGUCUAAUUCAAA